GGCUGCUGUCUCUGGCCCCGCCCCUCUGUGACGCGGCGCUGGGUGCGGACAUUGAAGGCAGCGUUAAAGUCACAUGACAGGCCAACCUCUCCGGCUGAUCGGACACACAGCUAAUAAUCAUGCCAACCUCCCAGCAGUCUCCCCAGGACGAGCAGGAGAAGCUUCUCGAUGAAGCGGUGCAGGCCGUCAAGGUCCAGUCGUUCCAGAUGAAGCGAUGUCUGGACAAAAACAAGCUGAUGGAUGCCCUGAAGCACGCGUCCAACAUGCUGGGUGAGCUGAGGACCUCCAUGCUUUCUCCAAAGAGCUACUACGAGCUCUACAUGGCCAUCUCUGACGAACUCCACUACCUAGAGGUGUAUCUGACUGACGAGUUUGCCAAAGGACGCAAGGUGGCAGACCUCUAUGAGCUGGUCCAGUAUGCAGGCAACAUCAUCCCCAGACUCUAUCUGCUGAUCACGGUGGGCGUGGUCUACGUUCGCUCCUUUCCCCAGUCUCGUAAGGACAUUCUGAAGGACCUGGUGGAGAUGUGCCGCGGUGUCCAGCACCCACUCAGGGGCCUCUUCCUCAGGAACUACCUGCUGCAGUGCACCCGCAACAUACUGCCCGACGACGGGGAGCAGCCAGAGGGAACGGAGGAGAUGACCGGGGAGAUCAACGACUCCAUCGACUUCGUCCUGUUGAACUUUGCAGAAAUGAACAAGUUAUGGGUCCGAAUGCAGCAUCAGGGUCACAGCCGAGACCGAGAGAAGAGGGAGAAAGAGAGACAGGAGCUGCGGAUCCUGGUGGGAACCAACCUGGUCCGCCUCAGCCAGCUGGAGGGCGUCAACGUGGAGAAGUACAAGCAGAUUGUUCUGGCUGGAGUGUUGGAGCAGGUUGUGAACUGCAGGGACUCGUUGGCUCAGGAGUAUCUGAUGGAGUGCAUCAUCCAGGUUUUCCCAGACGAGUUCCACCUUCAGACCCUGAACCCCUUCCUGCGGUCCUGUGCUGAGCUCCACCAGCAUGUCAAUGUGAAGAACAUCAUCAUUGCCCUCAUUGACAGGCUGGCUCUCUUUGCUCAUCGAGAAGACGGCCCCGGCAUCCCAGCAGAGAUCAAACUCUUUGACAUCUUCUCUCAGCAAGUGGCCACAGUCAUUCAGUCUCGCCAGGACAUGCCCUCCGAGGACGUGGUCUCUCUUCAGGUCUCUCUCAUUAACUUGGCCAUGAAGUGUUACCCGGACCGCGUCGACUACGUGGACAAAGUGCUGGAGAGCACCGUGGAGAUCUUCAACAAGCUCAACUUGGAACACAUAGCGACCAGCAGCGCCGUGUCCAAGGAACUUACUCGCCUGCUGAAGAUCCCGGUGGACACCUACAACAACAUCCUGACGGUGCUGCAGCUCAAGCACUUCCCCCCACUCUUUGAGUACUUUGACUACGAGUCCCGUAAGAGCAUGAGCUGCUACGUGCUGAGCAACACGCUGGACUACAACACCACCAUCCUGGCACAGGAACAGGUGGACUCCAUCUUGACCUUGGUAGCCACACUGAUCCAGGACCAGCCGGACCAACCGGCCGAUGACCCCGACCCGGAGGACUUUGCCGAGGAGCAGAGCCUUGUGGGUCGGUUCAUUCAUCUGCUCCACUCUGAAGAUCCUGAUCAACAAUACCUUAUUCUGAACACGGCCCGGAAACACUUUGGUGCGGGCGGAAACCUCCGGAUCCGCUACACGCUGCCUCCCCUGGUGUUCGCUGCCUACCAGCUGGCCUUCAGAUACAAGGAGAACUCUUCAUCGGAUGACAAGUGGGAAAAGAAGUGCCAGAAGAUCUUCUCCUUCGCCCACCAGACCAUCAGUGCGCUGAUCAAGGCUGAGCUGGCUGAGCUGCCUCUUCGACUCUUCCUGCAGGGCGCGCUGGCUGGAGGCGAGAUCGGCUUUGAGAACCACGAGACUGUAGCCUACGAGUUCAUGUCCCAGGCCUUCUCUCUGUACGAGGACGAGAUCAGUGACUCCAAAGCCCAGCUGGCGGCCAUCACCCUGAUCAUCGGCACCUUUGAGCGCAUGCGUUGUUUCAGCGAGGAGAACCACGAGCCGCUGAGGACUCAGUGUGCGCUGGCUGCCUCCAAGCUGCUGAAGAAGCCCGACCAGUGCCGAGCCGUCAGCAUCUGUGCCCACCUCUUCUGGUCGGGCCGCAGCACCGACAAGAGUGGGGAAGAGAUCCGUGACGGCAAGCGGGUGAUGGAGUGCUUGAAGAAAGCCCUGAAGAUCGCCAACCAGUGUAUGGACCAAUCGCUGCAGGUCCAGCUCUUCAUCGAGAUCCUCAACCGAUACGUCUGCUUCUACGAGAGGGAAAACGAUGCGGUGACGGUCCAAGUAUUAAACCAGCUCAUCCAGAAGAUCAGGGAAGAUCUUCCCAACCUGGAGGCCAGCGAGGAGACAGAGCAGAUCAACAAACACUUCCACAACACACUGGAGCAUCUCCGCCUGCAGAGAGAGUCCCCCGAGUCCGAGGGCCCCGCCUACGAGGGCCUCGUCCUUUAAAGUCCAUCCUUCGAUGUAUCACUAUGUUAUAAAUAUACAACAGCGCGCACAAUGUCCCAUCCUGUAGGCCACAGAUUAAAAAAUAACUCAAGAUCGCAAAGAACUCCCACCUUCAUUCUAUUAAUGUUUAUGCAUAAUUUAGUCUUCACGGCCCCUUACGAGCAUCGAGGCUGGAGAUGUUACAUCUUAAGUGUGUGCCAGCAAGUUCCAGUGGCCUUGAGGCAACAUCCCAGGCUGUCCUGCUCGUCCACCGUGUCUUUAACCUCCAUCAUUUUAUCGUCACGUGAGACUUCUGACGUAGGCGUGUCUCAGUGAACGCAUCAGUGGAACGGCUGCAGGAUCCCUUAAUAAUAAUAAUAGUAAUGGAUAACUGCUGCUGUUGAUUCAGGUCGGCCUGUCGAGCUGAAGCGUAAGCAAACGUUGGCCCCAAAUUACCGAAGCAAACUGUUUUGGUGCCAUCUUGAAUGGACGGGAGGACGUUUUCACGUGCUCGGCAAUGUCCUUUAUUCAAACUGGGAUACAAAGAAAUCACCAAUCAUUUCCCCAAAACACUCACAAAUUGUCAUUUUUCUCUAGCAAUGUUUUUGAUUUCUUUAUUGAAAUCUGAUUUGUUUCCAUCCAUCCAUUUGUUUUAUUUCCAGACUUCUCCCCAACGAACCCCCCCACUCAGAAGUUGCUUGUUCUCAUGUCCUGCUUCUCAGUUCACUCUGCAUGGACCAGCAGCAAUGUCUGACCUUUGGUUGGUCAGUGAAAUCCUGUGGCUCGUCGCGUGGGAUGAAUUUGGGGUCCUCAGGAUGGUUUGCUAGUUGACAAGUUGCCAUACUGACGAUGUUCAUGUUUGUUGCAGCCACUGACUGCUGAUUUCUUUGCUCUUAUCUGUUGUUGACCGAUUCCUUUCCCCUUUUUUAAAUCUGUGUAAACCUACUUGUAAAUCAAAUAAAGAUUAAAUAGCAAUUAUCAUUGUCAUUUGCUGAAAUAAAAUUGAUAUUAACGAUA